UGUCCAGCGUAGCCCCGGAGGCGCGGUCUGUGCGGAGCCGCCGCUGCUGCUGCUGCUGCUGCUGCCGCCUCCAGUCUCUUUUGCAGAACCGAGUUCUUGCACCGCCCGGGAGCUGCUCCUGCCUGGAAGGGUCUCCUCGUGCGAAGCUUUCUGGAUUUCAACAUGGACAAACUGGCAAGUGCGAAUGCUCAUUUUGCUCUCGAUCUCUUCCAAAAGUUCAAGGAAGCCAACCCGACAGGCAACAUCUUUUAUUCCCCUUUCAGUAUAUCCAGUGCCCUCGCCAUGGUCUUCUUAGGGGCCAGAGAAAACACAGCGGUGCAACUCGCAAAGACAUUUCAUUUUGAUGCUAUUCAAGAUCUACAUUCAAGAUUCCAAGCACUCAAUGCUAAAUUGAACCCAACUGAUGCCCCAUACGUAUUGAAGGUUGCUAAUCGGCUGUACGGAGAAAAGUCCUACAGCUUUUUGCAAGACUUUCUGACUAGUACUCAGAAACUAUAUGGAGCGGAGAUGUCUCCAGUGGAUUUCCAAAAUGCUGCUGCUGCUGCCGAGAAGGAAAUUAACCAGUGGGUUGAAAAGCAAACUGAAGGUAAAAUCCCGGACUUGUUACCUGAAGGUUCACUUAAUGAAAUGACCAGACUUGUUCUGGUGAAUGCAAUCUACUUCAAAGGCAGCUGGGCAGAGCAAUUUCGAGAGAAGGAUACGGAGGAGAAGCCUUUCAGAGUCAGUAAGAAGGAAAAAAAGACUGUGAAGAUGAUGUACAUGAAAAAGAAGUUCCCCUUUCGGUACAUCCCUGAAUGCAAAUGCCGUGUCCUGGAACUGCCUUACAAGGGAGAAGAACUUAGUAUGAUCAUCCUGUUGCCGGAUGACAUUGAAGAUAACUCCACUGGCUUGGAGCAGCUGCAAAAGCAGCUCACCUUAGCAAACCUCCAAGAGUGGACGCAGCCAGGAAAGAUGUCUUCUUUCCAUGAUGUUCAUCUUCACCUCCCUAAAUUCAAGCUGGAAGAGAGCUACGACCUUAAGUCCAGUUUGUGCGCGUUGGGAGUGCUGGAUGUCUUUGACAGCAGCAAGGCCAAUUUGUCUGGAAUGUCAGGACGCCGUGACCUUCACGUGUCAAAAAUUGUUCACAAGUCAUUCAUCGAAGUCAACGAAGAGGGUACGGAAGCGGCAGCAGCAACUGCUGUGAUGGCGAUGCUGUGCAGUCUGCCUAUGGAAGAGGAUUUCAAUGCUGAUCACCCCUUUCUGUUUUUCAUCCGUCAUAACCCAACGAAAAGUAUACUUUUCUUUGGAAGAUUUGUCUCUCCAUGAAAUGUAAAACAAAUGGCAGAACCAUAUAUUAGAGCUCCCAAACCAGGUAUUCUUAAUUUGAUUUUAAAAGGAGUGAGAUCCUAUGCAGUUUCUCCAAUCUAAGGCCCCUUCCGCACACGCAAAAUAAUGCAUUUUCAAACCACUUUCACAACUGUUUGCAAGUGGAUUUUGCCAUUCCGCACAGCUUCAAAGAGCACUGAAAGCAGUUUGAAAGUGCAUUAUUCUGCAUGUGCGGAAUGAGCCUAAGUCCACUGGUUUCAGUUGCUUAGAUGGGAGCAGGUCUGCAGAGCAUUGCUUUGCAGAUCACCGAUUUAAUUUCUACCUGAAUUCUCUUGUGCUUUUUAAUUGAUUCUGUUACCAUGUUACAACACUGUGUCAUGCCAUUUCUGCUCUGAAUUAUUCCAAUUUAAGUCUACUGGCAUCCAUGGUUUAGAUCAUAAGUGUCAAACUCGCGGUCCUCCAGAUGUUAUGGACUGCAGUUACCAUCAUCCCCUGCCAGCAUCAUCCUGGCAGGGGAUUAUGGGAACCGUAGUCCAUAACAUCUGGAGGGCCGCAAGUUUGACACUUGUGGUUUAGAUCAAUCUACAUCGGACUGCACUGAUUUCAUUUCCACUUGGAUUCACUUGUGCUUUUUUGCUGGCUCUGUUAGCACAUUUGAGCACUGUGCUAUGCGGCAUCUGCACUAAAUGUUUCUUGUAAAACCAAGUCAAGCAUUAGUUGCCUUAAAUGAAGAUGGCCUUUGGAAGGGGUGUUGAAGCAGAGCUGGACAUUAAAGAACUUGCAGCAUUUGUUUGCGGACAGAC